GCGGGGCGUGGUCUGGGGAGGGGCCGGGCGCGGGGAUUGGUGGAGGCCGAGAGCGUCCGGCGCUGGGGCGGUGGGCAGGUCUCCAGGGAAACCCGACGCUCUGGGGCUCCGGGCGCUGCGCGGAGCGGGACGAGACUUGCGAGUGGGGCUGCGCUGCGCUGGCCGCCGCCCUGGGCGGACUGGGUGCAGAAGGUGUGAGCUCUCCGACCCUCGGUGCGGCCCGCGGCAGGGGCGCGGUCGGGAUCCCGGCGGGAGCGCGGUUCAAAGACGAGAGGCAUGGAAAGUGGGUGUCCCUCAGCCUUGUAUUAUAAAGUCCCAGAUGAUGACAUCUCUGAAAAUCAGCUGGCAGGGAGAGACGGCCAGCCUACUGCCACUGACUUCCUGGGGACUCUGGAGAUGCUCUCUACCAAAAGGGACAUCCUAGAGGCCCCGGAGGAGGAAGAGGAGUCCGAGGGUCCCCCCAGGGGGCAGGACCUGAAGGAGGCCUACAUCCAGCUGGUCCGAGGCGUGCAGGAGUGGCAGGAUGGCUGUGUGUACCAAGGGGACUUCGGGCUGGACAUGAAGCUGGGAUACGGUGAAUUCUCUUGGCCCACGGGCGAGUUGUACCACGGGCAGUUUUACCGGGACCACCGCCACGGGCUGGGCACCUACCAGUGGCCCGACGGCUCCAGCUUCACUGGCAUGUUUUACCUCAGCUACCGAGAGGGCUACGGCACCAUGUACCUGAAGACCAGGCUCUUCCAGGGGCUGUACAAAGCGGACCAACGGUUUGGGCCGGGCGUGGAGACCUACCCGGACGGCAGGCAGGACGUUGGGCUGUGGGUCCGGGAGCACCUCAUCAAGCUGUGCACGGAGGUUCCCCACAGCUUCUCCAUCCACAACUACCCCGAGUACUCGGGCUUCCUCACUCACUCUCCUGCUAGACUCAGCCUCUCAGAUGAGGAGAAGGUGGACUGGGACCAGCCGGAGGGACAGGACCCCUUUUUCUACGACUAUAAGCGGUUUCUUCUGAACGAUGACCUGACUCUGCCUCCAGAAAUGCACAUUUACUCGACCGACAACAGCCACCUGCCCAUGACCUGCUCUUUCCGCAAAGAAUUAGAUGCCCAAAUCUUCCUUAAUGACAUUCCUCCAUUUGCUGAGGAUGAAGAACCCUGGUUUAUAAAAAAUGAGACCCCUCUGAUGGUCAAAAUCCAGAAGCAAACCUACAAAUACAGGAACAAGAAGGCCCACACCAGCUGGAACAUGGGUGCCAUCUUGGAGGGGGACCGGAGCGGCUUUGCGCACCAUGGGCCCAAGGAGCAGCUUUCCAAGGAGAUGAUCCUGCGGGCCGAGGAAGGGGACUAUGACUGGAUCUACAGGAUCCUCAGGGAUGACCUCGCCAGCGCCGAUGUGGCCGAUGCCAAGGGCUACACUGUGCUCGCUGCGGCCACCGUUCACUGUCACACUGACAUCGUCAACCUUCUGCUGGACAGCGGGGCCGACGUGAACAGGUACACGGACGAGGGCCUCACGCCGCUCAGCAUGUGCUUCCUCCUCUACUACCCGUCCACGUCCUUUAAGCCCAACAUCGCUGAGAGGAUGGCGCCCAAGUCCCAGGUCAGCCCCGUGGCCCUGCAGCUCCCAGCACUGUGCCCCGUCUACUAUCCGCCUGUCCGUCUCUCCACCCGGCAGUGCACCUCCCCGCGCCUUGCACAGGAAGCUCCAAAUAUGCCAGUAAAUCCCAACUUUACCUUCUCAUUCUCUGAAAUGGCCAUGGAGUCCAUCUGUUUCGAGGACCUGGUGCCCACCCCAGGCAGCCAGGAGCAGAAGUCCAUCGUGUGGGACAGCGAGGAGGACCGUCUCUCCCCGGGUGCCCGGCUGUCUCAGGAGUCCCCCGACCUGGGGAGCAGCCCUCAGAAGCAGGACUUGUCACCGUGGGACAGUUCCAGUGACCUGGAGAAGGGGCCGGACAGCACGGAGGGGAGUCUGGGCAGGUGCACGCUGGGCAGCCAGGAGACGAACUUCGAGUCUGCCGUCUGUGUGCGCAACUUCUCCUUCGGGCUGUCCCAGGACCUCCUGGAGAGGAGCGCCCAGGCCCACAGCAUGCUGAAGGCCCCCUCCUUCAGUGCCACCAGCUUCGACAAGGGCACCAUGAGGAAGAUGGCUCUGGCCGUGGUGGAACGCAGAACCAGGUGGCUGACCAUCGAGCUGCUGCUGCACCGAGGCGCGGACCCCAACCUGUGCCGCGUGCCCAUGCAGGCCCUUUUUUUUGCCGUGAAAGCUGGGGACGUGGCCGGGGUGAGGCUGCUGCUGGAGCACGGGGCCAGGACCAACAUCCAGCUCCCGGCUGAGCUGGGGGCCCUGACCCCCCUGCACAUCGCAGCCGCCCUUCCCGGGGAGGAGGGCGUCAGGAUAACGGAGCUGCUCCUGCACACUGUCACCGACGUGGACGCCAGGGUGGCCGACGAGGAUGACGUGUACAAGCCGAGCAAGCUAGACCUGUUGCCUUCAAGCCUGAAGCUCAACAAUGAAGCGGGCCCGGCCGGCAUCUACCACAGCAGGCCUACGUGUGUGCCGGAUGAGGGGGGCAGGACGGCCCUGCACGUGGCCUGUGAGCGUGAGGACAGCUACAAGUGUGCCAGGGACAUAGUCCGGCUCCUCCUCUCCCACAGAGCGAACCCCAACGUGCUGUGGAGCGGCCACUCCCCACUCUCCUUGUCCAUCGCCAGUGGCAACGACCUGAUCGUGAAGGAGCUUCUGUCCCACGGAGCUGACCCCAACCUGCUGCUGACCAGAGGCUUGGGCAACGCCUUGUGUGUCGCCUGUGACCUCACCUAUGAGCACCAGAGGAGCAUGGACAGCAAGCUGGCCCUGAUUGACCGGCUCAUUGAUUACGGGGCUGACAUCCUGAACCCUGUGACGCUCACACAGGGGGACAAGGUGGCUGUGGGCACGGCUGUCGAUUACGGGUACUUCAGAUUCUACCAGGACCGGAAGAUCGCCCACUCUCCUUUCUACGCGCUGAUGCCGGUGGACCGGGAGGUCCUCCUGGCCCGGAAGCAGAUCCUGGAAUACAUGGGCCUCCAGCUGCGCCGCGCUGUCUUCGCCAAGGAGAGCCAGUGGGACCCGAAGAUGCUGUACCUGAGCAAAAGAGCGGAGCUGACCCCCUACCGCGGGCUGAAGCAGAAAAGCACCAGCCUGUCCAAGGAGCUCCACUUGGAGGAGCAGGAGCCGAUCCCCUUCUUCAAGUUCUGCUACCAGUGCGGCCGCUCCGUUGGGGUGCGCCUCGUGCCCUGCACCCGCUGCUACGGGAUCCUGACCUGUAGCAAGUACUGUAAGACCAGGGCCUGGGGUGACUUCCACAAGAGGGACUGUGGCAGCCUGUUGGCCAUCGCAAGGAAAACGCAUCCGGCUGGGCGCACACCCAACUUCCAGAAGACCUCGAAGCAUCUGGGCAAGGAGGCGAGCCAGAAGCCGAGCCAGAAGCCGGAGGCUCCGAAGCCACCACGCCGGUUAAAAGGCUUCUAUUCCACGUACAGCCACGAAUGACUGUCUAGAGACACCCACCUGCCCCCUCAGGGAGGGAGGCCUUUGCCCCCACCCUCACCUCCUGGGAGGAGCUAGACCAGGGGCCACCCCGGGACCCCCGGGGAGGUGGGCGACUGAGCCCACAGCCCCUGUUCUGUAGGGGAGGCCGGCGUAUGGCCCAGGGGCCAUCGAGGAGCCACAGGCCCUGGAGAGGCCCUUCCCCGCCCCCGUGCCGGGGCCGCGUCUUCCCUCCCAGGACGCACUGCCCGGCUAAGCAGAGUCCCGGGCCGGGGGAGCCGGGGCCGGGUCGCUGGUUCCUCAGCACUCCAGGCCCGUGGGGACAGAGAGGCUGUGCUGAAUGCCUGCCAGGCCCACCAGUGUGGCCGCAGUUCCCAAAUAAAGUGGCCCUUUAAGGCAGCUCCA